UAAAGUCCCAGAUUUAUGAUUUCUAAUUUCUCAUUUGCGCGGAAAUUAAAAAUACUCAUAUUUGAUGAAGUGAGUAUACUUUUUAUAUUUAAGAGAACAUAAUGACCGAUUUGCGUACAUUGUGCCUUACUUGUGGCAUAACAAUUAAUGCGAAGCAUGAUACUAAGCUAUUUGAGGAACUGAAUUAUCAUUUAGUAAUUUUAAUCGAAGAUAUUACCGACUUGUGGAUUAAAAAUGACAAUACCAUGCCGGAAUAUAUUUGCAUUGGCUGUAAAUCGAUGUUGGAACAAAUUUUUAAGUUCCGAACUAUUUGCCUGGAUACGCAUAAGAAACUAAUAGGGAUGAAAAGGAAGACCAUAAAUAGCAGCACUCUUCUGGAGAGCCCAGAAGUUAAUAUCGUUUUAGAUUUUAACACAAUAGAUGCUAUAACCGAAAGCAGUGAUAGCUGUGAUGAUCAAGUAAAUAUAAAUCUUUGUAGUGAUACCCAGAGUUACAGAAUUGAAACAGUCGCCGUACCGCAAAAAAGGAAACCUCGCGCUAAGGUAAAAAGGAUAUAUGAAUCCAAACAAGCCAAGACUUGGAUUUGCGAACAGUGUGGUGGAGUAUUUAGUUGCUCCACGUAUUUAAAGCUACAUAUGUUGCGUCACACAGGGACUAAGGAAUUUGAGUGUGACAUUUGUAAGAGAAGGUACUAUACCAGGAACGAGAUGGAGCGCCAUAAAAUUUUACAUUCGAAUGCUAGACCGUACGCUUGUCGUUUCUGUGAUAAAACAUUUCGAGGCACGAGUAGUAAGACAGUUCAUGAAAGAACUCAUACAAACGAACGGCCAUUUGGGUGCCAAUAUUGUGAUAAAGCUUUUAGAUCCACCUCGGUACGGAAAAUGCACGAACGUGUGCAUGUGAAUAACAGAAACUAUCAUUGUGAGCCGUGUGACCAAUGGUUUUUACGACCUUCACAUUUGUUAUUACAUCAACGAACCAAACUCCACAAAAGUAAAACUUCGAGCGACUAGUUUAUUUGCAUACAUAUGUAUAUAUUUUUUUAAUAGCAUAUAUAAUAAACAUAUACAAAAAGUUGGGAAUAGAACGAACUAAACAUGACUCAAUGUG